GGUGGAGGGUUGUGGGAAGUUGGCUCUGGAGAGUGAAAGGGGGUUUGCUCUACACGGGUGGGGGCGGGGCUGGAUGACGUUGGCUCUACAGCGAUGGGGGGCGGCCGCCGCCUGGCUGUGCCUCGGGGCUGGGUUUAGGUGCAGCUGGACGCACGAGGAGCGGGGCGGGCUGCACGAGCGACCCUGCCUGGGCCUCCCGGGCCCAGCCUCUUCUGUACGCGCGGGCCAGCGCGAGCCCCGCCGCCUCCCGCCCCGGCCGGGGAGGCGGCGCAGACGCUCACGUGCCCAACGGCCGCUUCCGCUGGUUCCGGCACCGCCGCGCACCAUGGUGGAGGUGAACAGCGGCUACCCCCGCUCCUUGCCGGGGGCGCUGAAAAUCGCCCGCCUGGUUGUUGCCUUUGUAACAUUCAUCUGUUUCGCUGCCUCGAAAUCCCAUGAAGCCUUCGUAGCCCUUGCCGUCAUGGAAUUCGUCAUCACCGUCUCCUUCUUUCUGCUCUACUUGCUCAAACUCGAUAAAAAGAUGAACUUCUUAUUUUGGCCUUUAGCUGAUAUUUUCAACUCAUUGAUCGCAGUUUUGUUCUUUAUCAUUGUGGGCCUGUGUGCAAUAAUAAUCAAGACCACGACUGGGACUCUGGUUGGAGGAGUCUUUGGUCUUGUAUUGGUUGGUCUUUGUAUUGCAGAUUCUGUUCUUCUUUUCAAGAAGAUUACAUUUAAUAAGCCAAGAGGAAGGAAUGUUAUUACCAGAUAAGAAUGACCAAUUUACCAAAAGACUGAUUUAUUCUCCACUUUAAAUGUCUAUUGAAUAAUAGGAUACUUGUUUCAUUAUUAGCCUAGGUAUUUUUCCUAAAGGAUUUAACAUGUUCAUUUUAGAAUUAUAAUAUUUUCCUGUGUGUUUUUCUACAUUAGUUUACUUUUUCACACAUUAACAUUCUUUAAAUUCCUAUGUAUUUUUCUAGACUACACAUUUUUACCAGUGUUAACUUUAAAUUAUUGUCCUGUGUGUUUUGGUAAACUUGAUACAUUUUCACUUGUUAAAAAUCUAAUUUUCUACAGAAAGUGUUUAUAUAAUAAAAUUGAAAAUACAAA